CAGACAGCAUGGUCUGGGUCUGAGAUCAGCACUGGAAGACGCAGCAGCAGACUCUAGAUUUCCAUGUAGAGCAGAGUGGGGAUAUCCAUGCAUCACCUGGACCUGUCCACCUGGGGCAUCACCAACCUCUUCUAGGGAGGUAGAGCAAGAGGAAAAAGGAGGAGGAGGACAAGGGGGAGGGUUUGUUUACCUUCUUUUUUUUCUUUUCUCAGUUUUUUUUGGUUUUGGGAGUGGGCUCCGGGCUGGACCGCAUGCAUGACACAACGCAAAGGCGAGAAACCCACCAUCAGCAUCCAGGAGCACAUGGCCAUUGACGUGUGCCCUGGACCCAUCCAACCCAUCAAGCAGAUCUCAGACUACUUCCCCCGUUACCCCAGGGGCCUCCCCCCUUCUGUGCCGCCCCCAAAAACGGGCCACACUGGGCCCCAGAGCUCUGCCCUCUCCUCUGCCUCUGAAAGUGACCGCCCCAAUGAGGAUAAACCGGACCGGGCUUGUGCCGGAGCCUCCGCCUCCUUGCAGGCCAGCAGGAGGGAAGAGGAGCCGGACGUGGAGGGAUACGACUCGGAUGACUCCACUACGUUGGGGACCUUGGAGUUCAGUCUGCAGUACGACCAGGAGAACAAUGCACUGCACUGCACCAUCAACAAAGCCAAGGGGCUCAAGCCGAUGGACCACAAUGGGCUCUCUGACCCCUAUGUCAAGUUGCACCUACUGCCAGGAGCCAGCAAGGCCAAUAAACUUAGAACCAAGACUCUGCACAACACACUCAACCCCGUCUGGAGCGAGACCCUGACCUACUACGGCAUCACAGAUGAGGAUAUGGUCCGCAAAACACUCAGGAUUUCGGUGUGUGAUGAGGACAAAUUCCGACACAACGAGUUCAUCGGGGAAACGAGAAUCCCCCUCAAGAAGCUGAAGCCCAACCAAAUCAAAAACUUCAACAACUGCCUGGAGAAACAGUUACCUGUCAACAAGACAGAAGAAAAGUCCCUGGAGGAGCGAGGACGCAUCAUGAUCUCUCUGAAGUACAACACCCAGAAGUCCUGCCUGGUCGUUGGCAUCAUACGCUGUGCUCACCUCGCCGCCAUGGACGCCAACGGCUUCUCUGACCCCUACGUAAAAACGUAUCUGAAGCCCGAUGAGAACAAAAAGUCAAAGCACAAGACGGCUGUGAAGAAAAAGACACUUAAUCCAGAGUUCAAUGAGGAGUUCUGUUACGACAUUAAAUAUGCAGACCUCACCAAAAAGACCCUGGAGGUGACCGUGUGGGACUACGACAUCGGGAAGUCCAACGAUUUCAUAGGUGGAGUAUCUCUGGGUAUCAAUGCAAAUGGAGAGCGGCUCAAACACUGGUUUGACUGCCUUAAAAACAAGGACAAGAAAAUUGAGCGCUGGCACACGUUGACCAAUGAAUUACCUGGUUCAUUAAAUGACUGAAGACCCUCUCCCUGUUGGCCCACCCCUCGUUCAUGGCUGCACCAGAUCGGACCCCCCUCCUUUAUUUCUCUAACCCUCCCACUCUUCUUCUUCUGGAUUCUCCUCAUGUUGGGCACAGCAACCUGUGUCACCUCUCCAGGAAUAUAUUUCCUCUCAACAGGGCUCAUUCUGAAAUUUUAUGUUCUGUUCAACAACACUUCACACAUACCAUAGGGGUUGCAUGGCUGCUAAAGUGAAUUACUGGGGUUUAUUGUGUCGAAUUUUAAGCUUCAUAAUUUAGUGAA